AUGGCGCCCAACCCGGUGCACCACCACCGCAACUCUACCAAGGCCGCGAACAAGCCUUUCAAGACCAAGCAUGCCUCUAAGAGUGCUCUAAAGGACCAGCAGAAGGGCAAAAUCGAGACGGAGCGGGGCACUCGCAAAACCCCCCACCAACAGCUCAAGUCAAAACUCGAUCGUCGCAAUCAGGCCCGCCAGAGGCAGCAAUUGAAGCACCAGCUGCGAGUUCAGGAGACCAGCAUUUUCACUGGUCAGAAUGGAGCGCCUCGUCACAUCGCCAUUGUCCCGCUUACCCCCGAUAUUGAUAUUCCCGCUACGAUCCAAGCUUUGAACGAGAGUGUCGAAAUCUCCUGUGCUAUAUCUAUUGAUGGACCUACCCGCGUGCGCGUCGAGCGCUUCCGUCAGAGCUUACUCUAUAUGCCGGCCAAGUAUGACUUGAUGAGUGCUCUGGAUGUGUGCCGUAUGGCCGACUUUGUCGUGUUGGUCGUGUCGUCAGAGACGGAAGUGCAGGAAGAUGGCGAGCUGCUCUUGCGCUCCAUUGAGAGUCAAGGUAUCUCCAACGUUCUCACCGUUGUUCAGGGUCUUGACAAGAUCAACCCCGCCAAGAAGCGUCCUCAAGUGGCUUCUUCGCUUAAGUCUUUCGUCAACCAUUUCUUCCCAGCCGUCGAGAAGGUCAUGUCGCUCGAUUCACGACAGGAAUGCUCCAAUGCCGUCCGUUCUCUUUGCACUGCGACCCCCAAGGGUAUUCGCUGGCGUGACGAGCGUAGCUGGAUGCUUAUUGAGAACGUGCAGUGGCCAGAGUCGAGCGAGGAAGUGCUUGAUGAUGUUGUUAUCACUGGUAUCGUCCGUGGAAAAGGCUUGAAGGCCGACAGAAUUGCACACAUCCCAGGCUGGGGUGACUUCCAGAUCGACUCGAUCACAGCAGCUCCAUUGCCCACUAAGGGCAAGCGUGAUGAUGCGAUGAAUGUGGACGACAGCCAGGCAAGCCAGGUUCUUGAUGGCCCCAGUGCGGACCAGGACGACAUGGCCACUGUUGCGCCCGAGGAGAUCGAAAUGCAGGAUGAUGAUAUGGUUUCCAUGGCCGACACAGAGAAGAAGGGUGUCCUGCUCGACGACCACCACUACUUCUCAGACGAUGACUCUCACAUUCCCGCAACGCCUAAGCGUUUGCCCAAGGGUACCUCAACAUACCAGUCCGCUUGGUAUCUGGAGGAUGUCUCCGAUUCUGGAUCCGAUUUGGAGGAUGACGAUGAGGAGAUGGAGAUGGACACUGCUGGUGCGCCUGAAGAUGGCGUGUUCCCCGACAACGCCGACGCCAUGACAGAAGGUGGUCCCUCCGAGUACCCUCAGUCAGAGAUGUUCCUUGACCCAUCACCCGAGGACGAGGCUCAGGAGCUGGCGGAUUACCGCGCUAGCCGCAAGACUGAGGCCGAAGAAGACCUUGAAUUCCCCGAUGAGAUUGAAUUGCACCCCAACGUGCUCGCUAGAGAGCGUCUCGCUCGUUUCCGUGGUUUGAAGAGCAUGAAGAUCAGUACUUGGGAGACUUCUGAGGACCGACCCUUCGAGCCGGAAGACUGGCGUCGUUUGUUGCAGUUUGGUAACUACAAGAGCAUCAAGAACCGUGUGAUUCGUGAAGCUCUUAUCGGUGGAGUCAACCCUGGUAUCCGUGUCGAUAUCCAUCUUCGUGCAGUUCCCGCUGCUCUCCGCCACAAGGCCCAGCCGCUCUCCCUGUUCUCUCUCCUGCGCCACGAGCACAAGAAUACCGUGGUCAACGUUAACAUGACCUUGAAUGGAAGCGUUGAGAAGCCCCUUAAGGCCAAGGAAGAGCUCGUUGUGCAGUGCGGUGCCCGUCGUAUUGUGGUCAAGCCAGUGUUUUCCUCUGCUGACAACACUCCCAACAACGUGCACAAGUUCGACCGUUACUUGCACCCCGCUCGCAGCGCCAUCGCCACAUGGAUUGGACCCAUGACCUGGGGCGCCGUUCCCAUCCUCGUCUUCCGCAACAAGCAGACGGAAGAGGACCCCGAGAUGCUUGACUCCGCGGACGACAAGCCGGUGCAGGAGCCUAUCGAUAUGAACCGCCUGGAGCUGAUCGGCACCGGUACUGUCGUUGCUCCCGACCCCAAGCGUGUCAUUGCCAAGCGUGCCAUUCUCACCGGUCACCCGUACAAGAUCCACAAGAAGGUCGUUACCGUUCGGUACAUGUUCUUCAACCAGGAGGACGUUGCCUGGUUCAAAGCUCUGCAACUCUGGACUCGCCGUGGUCGCAGUGGUUAUAUCAAGGAGAGUCUUGGUACUCAUGGUUACUUCAAGGCUACCUUUGAUGCCAAGCUUAACCCCCAGGACUCGAUUGGUAUCAGUUUGUACAAGCGUGUCUUCCCUCGUCCUUCGGUGGCUCUCGAGGCUUAUGGCGCAUAG